AUGGAGCCCCGAGGCGGCGGCGGCGGCGGCAGCCCGGAGUGGGUCCGGGCCCCGCGGCUGAGCGUGGGGGAGCUGCGCUCGCUCUUCGAAGCCCGCUGCGCGGCGGCCCGCGAGCCGCUGCCCGAGCCGCCCGCGAAGAGCUGCGGGCCCCGCAACGGCGUGCUGCGGCCCGUGAUCCCCCAGCUGACCGUCACCCCGGAGGAGGAGGCGGAGGAGGAGGGGGGCGAGGAGGCGCGGCGGCGCAGCCCGGCCGGGGCCCCCCGCUCGGAGCCCGACGGCGCCUGGCUGACCGCCGACGGCUCGCGGCGCCUCUCCACGUCGUCGCUCUCCUCCACCGGCUCGUCGUCGCUCUUCGAGGACUCCGAGGACGACCUGCUGAGCGACACGGAAGGCAGGAGCCAGGGCAUCGUCCACCUGGAGCACGGCGAGGAGACGCACCAGAAAAAAGCAUGGCAGACAUUAAAAACAAUUGUCAGCUUGCCUGUCAUCAGUCCCUUCAAGAGGCGGUACUCCUGGGUGCAGCUGGCUGGUCACACAGCAAGCUUCAAGGCAGCUGAUGGUGGGACAAUUCUGAAGCUCUACUCAGAAAAUGAGGAGAAGUGCUUUGAGCUGCUGAUGAAAGAUCGGUUAUACUCCUGUGUCCCCGUUUUCCAUGGUGUGGUGGAGAGAGACGGUGAAUCUUAUAUCCAACUGGAUGACCUUCUGGCUAAGUUUGAGGGACCUUGUGUGAUGGACUGUAAGAUGGGGAUAAGGACGUACCUGGAGGAGGAAUUAACUAAAGCUCGAGAGAAACCAAAGUUGCGUAAGGACAUGUAUAAGAAAAUGAUUGACGUGGACCCGCUGGCCCCCACUGCUGAGGAGAACUCGCAUCACGCUGUGACAAAACCUCGGUACAUGCAGUGGAGGGAGACCAUCAGCUCCAGCGCUAACUUGGGUUUCAGGAUCGAGGGAAUUAAGAAAGCCGAUGGAACCUGUAAUACUAACUUCAAGACGACCAAGACACGAGAGCAAGUUCUGCAGGUUUUUGUGGAUUUCAUUAAGGGAGAUACAGCUGUAUUGAAAAAAUACUUGAAGCGUCUGUAUGAAAUUCGAAGUAUCCUUGAGUCUUCUGAGUUUUUUAAACGGCAUGAGGUCAUUGGAAGUUCUCUGCUGUUUGUGCAUGACGAUAGAGGGUGUGCCAAUGUAUGGCUCAUUGAUUUUGGAAAAACUACCCUUCUUCCAGAUGGGCAGACCUUGGAUCAUAGGAUCCCUUGGCAGGAAGGCAAUCGAGAGGAUGGCUACUUACUGGGACUGGACAAUUUGAUUGAUAUCUUAGAAAGUAUCUCGGAGAGAUGAGAAGAGACUGGUUGACAAUCUCUAUGAUAUAUUGCUCCGUAAUUUUUACUUUUCCAGAAUCAAUCCCUUGGUUAGAGGGAAACUUUUAAAAAAACAACAAUAUUCUUGCCAGACUCUGGAGACAUCCAGAAAUAUUUGCCUUUUUGUAAAACACGGUGGAAACCCAAAGCCAGCCUGUUGUAGGCCUGAGAGAACUUGAGCAAUGCAGGGACAGCUGUGAAUC